AUGAAGGUACUAGACGGCCAGCCUCCCUCAAGCAACAAUCAAAGCAGCGUCCCAACAGCAUUCAUCAUUUAUCCAGGAUCGGUGGUCAUGGACGAGCUUUCUGGCCCAGCGCCCGGCUCCGCGCGGGCCACCGACGCUGAGGAUGCGGGAAGUGCAGCCCGGGCCGAGUCCCCGCUUUCCGGCCACGGCGUCGCACAUCCAGCAGAGGCGAACCAGGCUAAUAGCCAAGACAACAAUGAGCAGGAUACCGAGCAUAAAUCAUCAGGCGAUGGAGAAGCUCGAAGGACCGCUGUUCAAUAUCUUCAGAAACUUCACGGUAGUCAAGGCCACGUUGGUGUAGACCGAAGCGUGCAUGGAGCUAGCCUCCCGGUUAUUCCCAGUUCUCAAAGCAGCAAUGCAAGUCGCGACGUAUCAUCGCCAACGAAAGCUGCUGAGGGGCACCCGGAGAACGAAAAUGCGCUAAAAACAUGA